GUUCCGUAAGAAACCGAGUGGACCGUUAUUUUGUGUCAAAGCCACACAGAGCUAACAUUUUUACAUUUUUACACAAACGUUUUCCAACAAACUGCGUCCCCGAAGCGAACGGAAAAAAACGCGUUUGUGUUUUGAAGCUGGGGUUAGGGGGCGUGUCCUAUCGUCCCCCCGUCAGAUCUCUACGCCUGGAAAACAAGCACCAGUCCGCCAAAAUGGCUCCACAGUCCAUGGUUCGAGUGGGGCUUCUGGUGUCGUUCUCCGUUUUCCUGACGGUGACGUUGGGAUUCGGACUACCGGCCCUGCUGAACGCAGUCAUGAGGCUGCUGGGACUCCCGGAGACGAGCGUGACCGAAUGCAUCGUGGUGGUGUACGCGCUCUUCGUCCUGUACGUGGCGAUGCCCCGGAUCCCGAGAGGAUCCGUUGAGGUGAAGGGCAAAGGUGUCCUGAUCACAGGCUGUGACAGUGGAUUUGGUCACGCGCUCGCUAAGCAUCUGCACAGGCUGGGCUUCACAGUGUUUGCCGGAUGCCUCCUAAAGGAUAAAGGUGGAGAAGGUGCAAAGGCGCUGGAGGAGUUCCAUUCUGAUCGCAUGAAGGUGCUCCAGCUGGACGUCUGCAGUGACGGCGAGGUGAAGGCGGCGGUGGAGUUUAUCAGAAACAACCUGGAGGACUCUCAGAGAGGUCUGUGGGCCGUGGUGAACAACGCCGGCGUGUCCACGUUUGGAGAGGUGGAGUUCACCUCUGUGGACACCUACAAACAGGUGUCUGAGGUCAACCUGUGGGGAACCAUCCGGGUCACUAAAGCGGUCCUGCCUCUGAUCCGCAGGGCCAAAGGUCGUGUUGUCAACAUCGCCAGCAUGUACGGCAGGAUGGGCAACAUGAUGCGCUCUCCAUACUGCGUAUCCAAAUACGGCGUUGAGGCCUUCUCGGACUGCCUCCGCUACGAGAUGAAGUCCUGGGGGGUCAAAGUGUCCGUCGUCGAGCCGGGGAACUUCAUCGUGGCCACUGGCAUCCUGACCCGGGACGUGGUGGCCACGACGGCGAACAAGCUGUGGAGCGAGGCGCCCCCGGAUGUGAAGGAGGAUUACGGGAAAGCCCACUUCGAGCACCUCAUGGCGUUGAUGCGUUCCUACUGCAACAGCGGGCAGAAGGACGACGCCCCCGUCAUGGAUGACAUCACAGACGCCAUCGUGUCAAAGCGGCCCUACACGCGCUACAGCCCCAUGGAGCCCCACUGGUGGAUCCGAAUGCAGAUAAUGACCCACCUGCCUGGUGCCAUAUCUGACUUGCUGUACUUCUGAGAGGACGCUGAUCCAAAUCAAGCGUUUCCCCCCCUUCCGAUCCGGUUCUACAGCAUCAGGCGGAUCCGGCUUGAUGUGUAAUAGGACUGAAAUCACUUAAAAGAUGGCACUUUGCUUUUUAUCUAUGCAGAUCUAUUCUGAGAAGUAGUCACUACUGUUAGCAGCUCUACGACGUGCUCAUAAAUUCAACACUUCUUGCUGUGAUACUAUCUUUGAAAAAGAAUAAGUAUUUGUGUGCUCAUCCUUUUAUACUUUUUAUUUUUCUUGCCUCAUGGGAUCAUUUGGAGAGCCGCUGGCCUCGGGACCAAAGCUGAAAGGCUCCUGCUGUUCUGUAGUGAAUCGCCCCGGAACAAACGGAGGUCAGCUACUGAAGAAAGAAGAAGAAAGAAAAAAAAAGCCCUGGUGAGAUCUGGCCAGAGUCACCCAAACGUUACAUAAGAACACAAGAACAGUUUGUAUCGCUGGCUCCAUCAGAUCUGGCUUGCUACUGUAAUAUAUUGGGGAGACAUUUCUUCCCCUUAAAACCCGCCUUUGACAGCACAAUGCGUUUGUAGUAUUUUUGAAAAUGGAUCGAUGACCAGAAUCAUUUUUCAAAAUAAAUAUAAGAGUAAAAUAAAUAUUUAAAUAAAUUACAUUUGUGUCGAAUUAAUUCUUUUGUUUUGGCAGAACCUAAAAUGCCAAUACUGACAAUGGCCAGUAGAGGGCAGUCGUGCAUUGAAAGUUUUCAGCUGUAAAAGUUCAUUUUCUGCAACAAACACGUUUUUUUUUAAACUUAGGUAACUAACGAAUAAGACAGGUUUAAUUUUAUGAUCUUUAUUACAUCUGUUGAACAUUAAAACUCUAAAUUAUUACACCUGAAAACAAUCUUCCCUCCGUAAAAACAGUAUUAAGAGCAAGACACAUUUUUCACAGCACUGCCUUUGUCGCUCCACAGCCUGAAUCUGAUCACUCUCACAGAAGAC